AUGGCUAUGAGGCAGGAAGUGGGGGUGCAAGACUUUGUGCUGCUCGACUCGGUAACGCAGGAGAAUUUCAUGGACAACCUGAAGCGAAGGUUUCAGGCCGGCAAAAUCUACACAUACAUCGGUGAGGUUUGUAUUUCGGUGAACCCGUACCGCGACAUGAACAUCUACGGACCGGAGUACGUGAGUCGGUACAAGGGGCGAGAGCUGUUCGAAAACGCGCCCCACAUCUUCGCCAUCGCAGACGCCGCAUACCGAGUGCUAAAGCAACGUAACAAUGAUACCUGCAUUAUGAUUUCGGGCGAAUCCGGUGCCGGCAAAACCGAGGCGUCCAAGAUCAUUAUGAAGUACAUAGCGGCCGUCACGAAUCAGGGAAAGCAGAGUGAGAUUGAACGGGUAAAAAAUGUACUCAUUAAAAGUAAUGCAAUCCUGGAAUGCUUCGGAAAUGCUAAAACCAACCGUAAUGACAAUAGUAGCCGUUUUGGUAAGUACAUGGACAUCGAGUUCGACUACAAAGGAGAUCCGGUUGGUGGCAUAAUUACGAACUACUUGCUGGAAAAAUCACGAGUCAUCCAGCAGCAGAGCGGGGAACGAAAUUUCCAUUGCUUUUAUCAGCUACUGCGUGGCGGCUCAAAUAAUGAAAUACAACAGUUCAAUUUAGGGAGAGACCCGGCGGCCUAUCACUACACCAACCAAGGCAGCACGGAAACCCUUUCGGAAAAGUCAGAUUAUCGAGCCACCACCGCUGGGCUGCAGGCUCUUGGAUUUAGCCCGGAAGAGAUUUCGAUGGUGUGGCGCACGGUAGCGGCAAUUUUACAUUUAGGAAACAUCGACUUCCGUAUGCAGGAGGAAAGCGUCAGCAUAGUGAAUGGCAAGACGUUAGCGAAUGUUGCUCAAUUGUUGCAAGUCACCGAGGAUGAAAUGCGUAGUGCUCUUACGGAACGGGUAAUUGCCGCGCGAGGUGAAAUUAUGACCAAAAGCCACGACACGAAGCAGGCCGAGUACGGUCGAGAUGCGUUGGCCAAAGCGAUAUAUGACCGCAUGUUCACCUGGAUCAUACAGCGCAUCAAUAAGGCCAUCCUUGUGCCGGGAAGUGCUACCCAAAAGCGCUACAACAAGGUAAUCGGUGUGCUGGAUAUUUACGGUUUCGAGAUAUUUGACCGGAACAGCUUUGAACAGUUUUGCAUCAACUACUGCAACGAAAAGUUGCAGCAGUUGUUCAUUGAGCUGGUGCUGAAACAGGAACAGGAAGAGUAUAACCGCGAAGGUAUCGAGUGGACCAAUAUCGAGUACUUCAAUAAUCAGAUUAUUUGUGCGCUUGUCGAACAGGCCGACAAAGGCGUCAUCGCCAUCAUGAACGAGGCCUGUUUGAAUGUGGGAAAAAUAACCGACGAAAUGCUGCUAGGCGAUAUGGACAAAAAGCUAACGCAUCAUCCACACUACAGCAGCCGCCAGUUGAAACCAAUGGACAAGGAAUUGCGUCACAAGGAAGAUUUUCGCAUCACGCAUUACGCCGGGGAUGUAAUCUAUUCCAUCAAUGGAUUUAUAGAGAAAAACAGAGACACUUUGUUCCAGGACUUCAAACGGUUGUUGUACGGUUCGCACGAUAAACUGAUUAGCUCGAUGUGGCCCGAGGGAGCACAGGAUAUAGCCAAAACGACGAAGCGUCCUCUGACAGCUGGCACACUGUUCCAAAAAUCGAUGGCAGAGCUCGUAGCUACGUUGCUUCGGAAGGAACCUCUGUAUGUGCGGUGCAUUAAGCCUAACGAUGUCAAGAGCCCGACCGUUUUCGAUGAUGUUCGCGUUGAGCAUCAGGUGCGAUACUUGGGUCUGUUGGAAAACGUACGUGUACGGCGUGCCGGAUUCGUACAUCGACAGCGGUAUGACAAGUUUCUGCUGCGAUACAAGAUGAUUUCACAGUACACGUGGCCGAACUUCCGCGGUGGCAAUGACCAUGACGGAGUCAAGGUGUUGAUGAAUGAAAAAAACUUUGCACAUGACGUGCGUUUCGGGAGAACGAAAAUAUUUAUCCGUUCGCCGCAAACGCUGUUUGCGCUAGAGCAGCAACGGAACGACAUGAUACCGCACAUUGUGACACUACUGCAGAAGCAGGUCCGUGGGUGGAUUGCGCGGCAAAAGUACAAGAAGAUGAAGGCUGCCCUUGUUAUCAUGCGCCACUACCGCAAGUAUAAGCUGAAGAGCUACGUGCAGGAUCUCGCGAUUCGAUUCCGCAAUGCACGCACGCUGCGCGACUACGGUAAGAGCAUACAGUGGCCCCAGCCUCCGCUUGUCGGUCGGCAAGCGGAGCGGCAACUCCGGAUGCUGCAUUCUCGCUGGCGUGCUGCGAUGAUCCUUCGCAAGUACCCACGCGAAGAGUGGCCACAGCUGCGACUGCAGAUUAUCGCCGCUGGUGCGUUCCGCAAGCGAAGGAAAUUCUGGGGUCACGAUCGCAGGUGGCUCGGUAACUAUCUAUCGAUCGUAGCAGAAAACAGCAACUAUUCGUCGUACAAUGCGAGCGUGCGCAACAUAAAGAAUUCGGAUAACUUUGAUACGAUCGUGUUUUCGGCGUUUGUGAAAAAGUUCAACAAAUGCAACAAAUCUGCCGACCGAGCGAUCAUAGUUACCGACGGUGCUAUUUACAAGCUGGACGGAGCGAAGAACAAAUUCCGGAACAUGAAACGGAAGGUUCCCAUUCGGGAGAUUACAUCGAUCACUGUGAGUCCAGGACGAGAUCAGCUAGCAGUGUUUCAUUCACACCAUAACAAUGACCUCAUCGUGGCCUUACAAGGCGAACAUCAGACGUUGAAAGAGGAUCGUAUCGGAGAGUUAAUAGCACAUGUCGUUAGACGAUACUUUGCUAUUUGUCAGCAAGAACUCCCGGUUAACGUGGCACCGUCAUUCGCACUACGAUUGGGAAACAAAUCAAGGUCGCUUAGUGUUGAAGCUGCUGUGGGGCAGGAUAUGCCAGAAUUUUCGUAUGCCGGUACUUUCAUCAUCUUUAAGGUUCCUCCGGCAUAUGCCAGCCCCAUGGAAACAUCAGAAGCCGUUCCGAACACACUACCGCAGCGAUACUAGAGCAUAACAUAGAUUAAGUAGGACACACGACAAGCGUAAGUGCCAUCACUAUUGACGAAACAGAAUAUAACCUACACGCACCUAUGCAUUGAGAAACCCCAAACAAGUAACAAAAGCGAUGAUUUCAUGGCUAUAAAAUAUUAUGGAAUAACAGGCAAAUGGGUACGCAUAUGCGGAUGCAAUUGAAUGUGAUAAUGCAGCAGUAGUGUUUUGUUACCGACCUGGUUGAAAUUACAGGUAUUGAAACAGUUUUACAAGGCGUACACUCCACCAUUGUCAUCGUAAGGAGUUGUUGCAUAAGUUUAUUUUUUUCGCAUUAUCCUAACAUUUUAAGUAAUAUUCAUUUUUAUUGUUUUGACAAUUAGAAUUAGACCGCUCUUUAGAAAGCUUCGGAAGCUUCUCAUUGUUUUCUGAUGUACUUAUUUGCCUUUAAACCUGCACAUACCUAGUUUGUGCAGGCGCAAAUCGCGAUUGUUGUGCCUUUUACAUUUCUCCAAUAAUUGAAAAUGCCAAUGGAGAUGGAAAGAUACAAAAACGAAACAAUCAUUGAAAAAAGUGUAAUAGUAUUGACUGAAAAAACGAUUUUUACAUGGUUUAUGC